GUAGCAGGAGGAGUGGUCAAGGAGGUCACCGCGGGGGCAGCCAACAAGGCGGACCUGAACGUGAAAGAACCAGUGGGCACAUGGCCUUUGAUGGGGGAUGCCGUGUUCAUUCCCUGGGUGGAUGCAAUCGUGGCGAACUGGACCGUGGAUUUCGGAUCCUAG